AUGGGUGACGCAAAGUCAGGUGUCUGUUCAACGCCACAAGAAGUGGGUGCUGCGUUUGUGGACCGAUACUAUUUGGUGCUCUGCAAUUCCCCGGAAGAGAUUUACAAGUUUUAUCAAGAUUCUAGCAUGGUUAGCCGCCCGGGACCUGAUGAGACCAUGACCACCUUCACAACCAUUCAAGAUAUUAAAGAACAUCUUUCCUCUUUUGAUGGUAGGCAAUUACAUAUCGUUUCCUGUGAUUCUCAACCGGCGGCAAAUCAGGGUGUCUUUGUCGUGGUUACCGGUUCUUUCACUACAAACAAUGAACAGAUCAUCAAGUUUUAUCAAUCCUUCAUCCUAACACCCAUGGAAGCAAUUCAUGACUACUUUAUCUCCAAUGAUAUUUUGAAAUUUCUCGAUGAGAAAGAAUGGAUAACUCCUCGUGUUUCGACUUCGAGUUCAACCACCGAUCUUUCUCUUGAGGAGGAAUUUUCGAUAAUCCAUGUUUCAAAGGCUGCUUCGAGUUCGUCAAGUCAUGAUAUCCCUGUUGUUUCAAGUUCAAUACAAGAUGAUACGCCAGCUGUUCAUGUUGAAGAUGUUUCAAGUGUUGUUUUGAGUCCACAUCAAGAUGUGCCAACUCUUCCAUUCGAAGAUGUUUCGAUUGUUGUUCAAAGUGAUGCGUCAACUGAUCUUCCCGUCGAUGUUUCAACCACUGUUGUUAGUCUAGCACCACGUGAUGAGACGACUCUCCCUAUCGAAGACGUGUCAACUUUUCACAGUAAAGAUGUUCCCAUAGUCGUUCCAACUUCAAAACAUGAAGUGGAAACUACUCCAAUCGAAGGUAUUUCAUCCAUUGUUUCGAACUCAACCCACCAUGUUGGACCGUCCUUUUGCAUGGAGGAUUUUCCGGCUAUUAUUUCGAAUUCCACAUAUCGUGUGCCAAUCAAUCAUAUUCCUAAGAAGAGUUUCUCGUCGGGGGUGCAAGUUUUAAAUGAAAACGAUGCUCAGUUCAAGCCGCCACCAGUAAGAAAAGAGCCGAAGAAAAGUGGAGUUGAAGGAGAGAAUAAGAAUAGGAACACGGCGGAUGUUAAAGCUGAUGCAACAUCUAUAUUCGUUGGGAACUUAGCUGCUGGUUCAAAAUCUGAACAACUUCACCAAGCUUUCAAGAAAUUUGGUCGAAUUAAACCCAAUGGCGUUAAAAUUAAACUUGAUAGGUUAUACAGAUCAUAUGCGUUCAUUCAAUUUGAAUCUUCAAGUUCAGCAAAAGUUGCAGUUCAAGCUUCAUUUAUCAAAAUUGGCGACCGGAAGUUAAAUAUCAAAGAGAAGCGUAGUUAUUAA